AUAUAUAUAUAUAUAUAUAUAUCUGCAUGAAUAAUUAUUGUUCAGGAGGGCAGAAAAAAGGAUCAAACAGGUUGCAUCUUGGAAACCUACCAUGAAAUCGGAUACGAUAUUUGUAAUAUUCUAUAUUUUAUCUGUGUUUCUGGAUCCUUUGUUACUCUACAGUCUUAUCCUCAACGACGAUAGGAAGUGUGUCGUAGUGGACACAAAAUUGAAAAAAAUAGCUAUUGUUUUGCGAUCAUUGGCAGAUCUCUCCUACAUGGGGCGCAUUAUUCGUGAUAUGCUUGGUACUCGUUGUAUUCGUGAUAUGCUUGGUACUCGUUGUAUUCGUCGUAUGUUUGGUAUUCCUUAUGUAAGACGAGAAGAAGUUUGGAGCAUGACAAUGGGAAUUUUAGCUGCUCUUCCUGUUCCGCAAAUGGCAAUUUUAGUUUUCUUUCCAACGCUCAGGGCCUCCAGGGCUGUGAACAGAAUGAGGAUUAUGAAUUCACUUAUUCUGUUGCAGUACGUGCCACGAAUUUAUCCAAUAUACAGACACUGCAAAGAUCUUAACAAGAAUAAACUCGACAAUUGUAUUUCUGAUCAAAUAGAGCGUAAAACAUGGGUCCCAGGGCUUCUCAAUUUCAUCCUAUAUAUCCUUGCUAGUUAUGUAUUCGGAACAUUUUGGUAUUUCUUUUCUAUUCAACGACAGGUAGAAUGUUGGGGGCAUGCUUGCCAAAGUGGAAAUGGAUGUGAGUUCCGUAUUUUUGAUUGUGAUGAUGAUGUUACACUCAGAAAUGUGACGCUUCUAAAUGAUUUAUGCCCCAUAAAUCCAUCAAAUGCAAAAGUAUUCGAUUUCGGUAUAUAUCUUGAUGCUCUCCAGUCUGGCAUGUUGGGGUCAACAGAUUUUCCGCGAAAGGUCUUGCAGUGUUUCUCCUGGGGCGUACGAAAUCUAAGUUCUUUUGGUUCGAACCUCAGGACCAGUAUGAAUGCAUGGGAAACCCUCUUUGUGGUUUCUAUUUGUAUAAGUGGCCUGCUACUGUUUAUAUAUCUCCUUGGACAUUUACAGACAUUUAUGCAGGCGACUAACAAGGAAUAUUGGAUUCGGCGGAAGAUGUGGAAGAUAGAUUCAGACAUAAUACGAAUGUCAGAUGAAUAUGGCCUCUCUAACAAUACAGAGGAUAUCCAUAAAAUAGUACGAAGACAACUUCGACGAGAGGAAGAUCUUGAUGUGGAGAAUAUAUUCUCUAUUCUUCCCUUCUACGUUCAGAAUAUUAUCAAGCGCCAUCUCUUAUUGCCUAAACUAAAGAAAGUGCCAACGCUUCAAGGUAUAGACGAAAACGUGUUGGCUGACAUAUUCUUGGAUCAUCUUGAGCAAGUAAUCUAUGAUGGAGGCAACUAUAUUAUUCGAGAAGGGGAGCCACUUGAUAUGAUGAUCUUCAUCUCACGGGGCAGUGUUCUUACCUACAACACUAGUAGUACUGGCCAUGUUGGAGGAGGAAGUGGCUUGUCAAACACUAUAGGUCGGCUUACUGGGGGUGAUUUCUAUGGACAAGAACUUAUAAGUUGGGCAACGACAUCAACCUCCUUUUCCGACUUGCCCAUCUCCAGCAAAACCCUCAAGUCUCUUGAAAAAGUUGAAGUCUUUGCCAUAAGAGCUUCUGUUUUACUGCAUAUUGUCUCUAAACACAAGGAGUAUUUCAAGACAGAGACACAGCAUCCCCACCCAACGGAUAGCAAUCUUAUUGAGAUAAAUGAACAUGGCAAUCUUAAGUUAUUACAUAUGCAAUAUUGUGCAAGGUCAGGUACCCACUUGUUAGCUAGCUACCUAUAAGGCCUUCGUUAAUUAUCUAUAACCAGGAUUUUGUGAAACCAGUUAUACAAAGUUUUUACAUUAUUAUUGUUUGCAUAAUUAUGAGUAUCCUUAAUCCUAGAUUUUAGAGGCUAUUAGGACGGGCACGGCCCUCCGAUUCUAUAAUUCUUACAUGUAGCUAGCACACAUGUAUUUUCGACAGAAAAUAAUUAUAGCGUCGGUUCAUCU